AUGGGAAAGACGUCACGUGACAAGCGAGACAUCUACUAUCGUCUUGCGAAAGAAAACAAAUGGCGAGCAAGAAGUGCUUUCAAACUAAUGCAAAUUGACGAUGAGUUUCAAAUUCUGAAAGGUAAAAAAAUUCCAAAAAGUUAAAAACUAUUCAGUCGAUGGUUGCAGGCGUUCGUCGAGCUGUAGACCUGUGUGCAGCCCCGGGAAGCUGGUCUCAAGUGCUUUCCAAAAGAUUGUACGAAGAAGACCAGGAAGCGAAAAUCGUGGCAAUUGAUCUGCAGCCGAUGGCUCCGAUUGCUGGAGUUAUUCAAUUGCAGGGAGAUAUCACUUCUGUCGACACUGCCAAUCAGGUUAUCAAAGAAUUUUCCGGGGAGAAAGCCGACAUUGUCAUCUGCGACGGAGCUCCUGACGUGACUGGAAUUCAUUCACUCGACGAGUUCAUGCAAGCCGAACUUAUUCUUGCUGCCUUCAACAUCACAAGCCACGUUCUCAAAACAGGCGGCAACUUCCUCGCAAAGAUCUUCCGUUCCCGCAAUUCCUCCCUUCUGUAUGCUCAGAUGAAGAGAUACUUCAAGAAAGUCUAUCUGGCGAAACCCCGCAGUUCCCGCCAGACAAGUUGUGAGGCGUUCGUCCUUUGCCUUGACUUCUCUCCACCUGAAGGAUUCGUUCCGUCAAUGAAGAAAACGACGCUGGACGGAACUGAUCCAACAACAAUUUCUUCGGACGUCAUCGAUGGCUUCAUAACUUGCGGAGACAUGAGUGGCUGGGACAGCGAGAAAUCCUAUCCACUGGAUAUUGACAUCGGUUUUCCAAUAGGAGCAACUAAUGAAGACAAAAAGUGAACCUUGGAAAUGUAAAUCAAUUUCAACUAUUCUCAUUUCAGACGUUACGAAUUUAAAGACGUUGUCCAGCCGCCUACCGAACCCGCUUACAAACAAGCGUUGGAGAUGAAAAAAAGUGGCGUUUUUGCAAAAUUGUCGGCUGACUUGACCAAAGAGGUUGAUUGAAUGAGAGGAUAAUUCAGUUAAUUGACCCAUUUUCAGAUAACAGCUAAUCAGCGUCGAAAAGAAUACAAGAAAGAGAUAGACAUUCAGGUAGAGAAGAAGAAGGAGCAAGGACAGUCGGAUGCGACGUUCGAAAGCGUGACCGAGGCUCUCGAGAGAUCUCUACUUGAUGAGCAGAAACAGUGA